AUGGGUGGCAUCGAUGUCGCUUCGGUGGUAGCGUCCAUCCUUUCAGCCUUCGGUAGUGGGAUGGAUGUCUUUCGCCGUUUGGGAGGGAAAAAAAGAAAGUCCCAUGCAAGGCUACCUCGACCGUCAGAAGAAGAAGAAUGGUUACGACAUUCACUGAAGAACCGACCACUGGAGAUCAAAAAUGAAUAUGAUCAAAAUGUCGCCCAAUUUGGCCGUCGAUUUGAAGUGGGUGAUGGAGAGGCCCAAUCUAGUUUGGCACAUACUCUUCUUGUUCUCAACACCGGCUUGAUCAAUCUGAUAAAUCAUGCACUGUCUGGAGAUUCCAAAACCAAGUCCACGUCUCGAAAUGUUUUAUUCAAUCUCUCCGAAACUGCAGCCGUGGAUACCAUGACCGCAUUGGGACAGCUCAAUUCACGUCUCAGUCUUUCUUCACAACUCCGGUACCCUGGAGCCAAGGAGAAUCCAAGUCCGAGUGAAAAGCAUGGUCCGCAGAAGAAACGCAAAAGAAAUUUUUCCUCCACGACAAAGCAAGUCAAAAGACCACCUCCCGCGCCAUUAUUGGUUCGGGGCGGCUGGGUUCGAUCCAAGAGUGGUUCUUCAGUUGUCUCAGGGGCUGCUGCAAGAAAAGCGAGAGAAGGCAUCUCUGAGAAGCGUCACAGGAGCAAAUCCGACACAGACAUGUGGAAAAAGGCCGCUUCACAGUCCCACCUACCCGCACCGAAACGGUCGAACGGAACCAGUGAGUGUUCAAGCUGCACUGGCAAAAGCGGCAGUUCUCGACCGGAAGCAGCCAAACUUUCCGACAGACAUCGGUCAAAUGAACACUCUGAAUCUCAUAGGCAACCAAGCCUGUUACUAGUUCCCUCGGAUUUCUUUGACGCUCCUGCAGAACCGACCGAUAGCGUCCCUCCCCGACCUCCAAAGAUCCCACCUCACUCACGGCCUAGCCCGAGGACGAACCAGCUGCGUCCAACAUCUACCAUGACAUUUAUGACGACCAGCACCAAGAUCGGCGAGAUUCCCGAAUCCCGAUGGCCGGAGAGGAUAUUAUCUGCCGAAGAGGAAGAGUCGAAGAGAAUGCCAUAUACGAUACCUCCCCCGGAACCGGAGGAACCAAGGAGGAAGAAAGGCUUUAAAUUCUGGAAGAAGGACGAGAAGAGACGAGACGUCAUGGCGGAUUAG